ACGGUCCUGAGAAAUUACAGAAUUUGAAUAUUCAUGGACAAAUAUACAUACAUUCUAGUUAAUAUUAAGAGAGCCUUUUUUUAUUUUUCCAGUACAAUACGCGCUGUAGUGAAAUCAAAAUGUUACAAUCAGCGUUGGCACAAAAUAUGGAAAAUCAGACAUCCAUACUUGGUAGUCUGAUUCCAUUAACACUUGCAGGUGUGACCUUAGUUCUAAUAUUGUAUGAGAUAUGGUUCCGAAACCAACGAUAUGUACAGAUGGGAAAUAAAUUUCCAGGACCGAAAUCGAUUCCAAUAUUAGGAAAUGCUCACUUGGCUAUCGGGAAAUCCGCAGCAGGUAUAUUUGACUUGGUGUGCGAAAUGCAAGCAAAACUUAAGGUAACUACUGCUAGAGUUUGGCUUGGACCUAGGCUGAUCAUUGGAAUCGGUAAUGCAGAUGAUGCAGAAGUUAUAUUAGGAAACAGCACACAUUUAGAAAAAUCACCUGACUAUGCACUUUUUGAACCUUGGCUGGGUGAUGGAUUAUUAAUUAGUAAAGGUGAUAAAUGGAAGUCCCAUAGAAAAAUGAUUGCCCCAACUUUCCACACAUCAAUCUUGAAGUCCUUCAUGCCAGUUUUUAACAAAAAUGCAGCAGCUUUAGUUGCAUCUUUCAGAAAAGAGCAAGGAAAGAUUUUUGAUUGUCACGAUUAUAUGAGUAGUACAACUGUGGAUACUUUAUUAGAAACGGCAAUGGGUGUUACGAAGACGUCGUCAGAUAAUACUGGAUUCGAUUACGCUAUGGCUGUGAUGCGCAUGUGCAACAUACUUCACCAGAGACAUAUCAAGUUCUAUUUGAGACCUGAUAUACUAUUCAACUUGACUAGUUUUAGUAAAAUUCAAGUUGGCCUUUUGAAGAUAAUACACGCUCUUACAAACGCGGUAAUUCGAAGGAAGAAGGAAAAUUACUUUGAAAGACAAAAGAAAGGAGAGGAAAGUUUAUAUGGUCAUGCGGUGAAAACUAGCAAAUUUGAUGAUCAAGGUCAAAUCAUAGAACGCCAAGAAAUCAUGCCCAAUUACUUACGAGAUGAUUUGGAUGAGAAUGAUGAGAAUGAUGUUGGAGAAAAGAAGAGAUUGGCCUUUUUGGAUUACAUGAUUGAAGCCAGUCAAACUAAAGGGAACAUUUUGACAGAUGCUGAAAUCAAUGAGGAAGUUAAUACUAUCAUGUUUGAGGGUCACGACACGACUGCGGCUGCUUCAAGUUUCACUUUAUGCAUCUUAGGUAUAUAUCCCGAUAUACAGCAAAAAGUUUUCGCUGAAUUGAAAGAAAUAUUUGCUAAUGAUCUUCAUAGACCAAUUACGUUCAAUGAUACCAUGCAAAUGAAAUACCUAGAAAGGGUAAUCUUUGAAACCAUGCGAAUGUAUCCACCAGUACCUAUUAUUGCUAGAAAAGUGAAUGAAGACGUCAAAUUAGUAACUGGUGAUUACACGAUUCCUGCAGGCACUACAGUCAUUAUUUCUCAAUUUUAUAUUCAUCGCAAUGAGAAACACUGGAAAAAUCCAACAAAAUUCGAUCCUGAUAAUUUCCUACCCGAAAACUGCCAAGGCAGAAAUUAUUAUUCAUACAUUCCCUUCAGCGCUGGACCUAGAAGUUGCGUAGGAAGGAAAUAUGCAAUGUUAAAGUUAAAAGUACUUCUCGCUGACGUAAUAAGAAAAUUCGAAAUAAUAUCAUUGGAUCGAGAAGAGGACUUCAAAUUACAGGCUGAUAUUAUUUUAAAGAGAGAAGAAGGGUUCCAUAUUAAAGUAGUUGAACGCACUUGAACAUUUAUUUGAAAGUACAUUCCUUGUAACGAUAUCUAUGCUCAAUGUUUAUUUAAAUGUUAUUAACUAGUUAAUAAAAAGUUGGUUUUAUCAAAA